UGUUGCACGUAGCCGCGCGUUCGCGUAAAAAUUAAUUGCAAGCGAAAGCAAUUUGUAAUUUUGUGAGAGGAAACAAAAAACAAAAAAAAAAACAAAACACAGCAAGCAAAUAAGUGUUGAAAGUGAAGUUCAAACGGUACGAAAGAAAAUUAAAUAAAUCAAUUAAAUAUCGCACUUUGUUAGCCUAAAAGUAGGCAACAGCUAAACUUUAUACACAUACAUUCAUACAUAUGUACGUGUGGACUUCCAUCAGGCGAAGCCUCUUUCCGUUGACACUGAUGAGGGUUAAGUAUUUUAAUAGAGCUAAAAUAGAGCCUUGCUUGCUACAAAGUCAGGCAACCUAGGCAGCUAGUUUUGGUAGACGUUGCCUACAUUGCGGAGUUGAGCGCUAUCAUACAUACAUACAUACCUACUAGGCGUUAAAAGAUAAAUGACAUCCAGGCAUGAGUGCAGCGCACAGCAUGCCUGCUCAGCAGAAAUAAAUAAAUGAGAUUUACACCAAACAGCAGCAGCGUCUGCAGUUGAAAUAAGAAGAGAGGGUGAACAAAAAACAAAAACCAAAGCAAAAACAAGUGUGCAGGUGAAAAAGGAAGAAAAUAGAAGUGGAAGUUGGCUGCGACAUUGAUAUAAAUUGAAAGCCAUUUAUGCUUGAAGUGAAAUAUUGUUGAAAUAAGCAUGUUUUAUAAAUGGUGGCAUAUUUUUGGGCGCGCACCAAAUGAAGUAAGCGGAGAGUCAUGUGACAACAGUUAAGGGGUGUGAGACGCAUAAGAUGACAUGAAAAAUGCGAAAUCGUGCGGGUUUGACAAAUUAAAAAUUUAAAGUGUGUUGAGUUUGAUAAAAGUUAUUGAGGUUUGUGGUUUGAAUGUCUAGAUGUAGGCAAUAAUUUGACAUAUGAAAAUAUUUUCUAAUGAUUUGUGAUGCUGUAAGUGUGCUAUGAAUUUUGAUAUAGUAAAAUGUGAUAGAGGAAGGUUUUGCGAAUGAAAUACAUUAAAUGCCUAAUAGUAUGCACCAAAAAAAUUCCAACACAUAUUAAACGCCGCAAAGUAUGUGAAAGCGACACAUCAAUGUCGGUAUGAAAGGCGCUGAAGUUAUCACUAACUAUGAUUAAUAUUUGCAUAAUUUCAUUGCAUACCUAAGGGCGCUGUGGCGUGGACAAAAGCAGAGGGAAUAGUUUGUAGAAGAUACAAUGAAGCACAGUUAGCUGAGAGGUUCGAAAACUAGCCUUACAAAACAAAAUUUUUACAAAAUCUUUUACUAAAUAAGUGCGGGUUUAAUGAAGUUUUUAUAGCAAAAGUACCCAGCUGCGAGCUACCCAAAUAACUAUGAACUGCGAACUAAGUUUAGAUCACAUAAGUCAUAAAAUCAAUGCAGUACUUUUUUUUUUUGAUGUAACGCAAACCAAACUUGCCCAAAAAACGAAUAAUAGAAUGAAACCAAACAAUACCAAAAAGAAAUUCACUUUGACCCAUUUGAACGCAUUCGCCUAAAUUGAAACUCGGUUUACCUUUCAAUAAAAAAAGGAAAACAGCGCAAUUGUGUGCUCAAAACGGCGGCAGUGCAGAAGCAACGGUGUUGUACGACGAAACAAAAGUGCAGAAGUUAGCAAAAAAUCACAUCACAAACAGCCAAAGCAACAGAGUGACAACAAAAAAAGGCAAAAAAAAUAAAAAAUUAAAACAAAAAUCACACCUACGCCAGCCACUCAACGGCAGCAACAAAAGCAACGACGGUGGCGACGACGACAACGACGACCACUUGAUGUUGAGUUAAGCGGUUACGGCGCCCAGAAGUCGGCAACGAGCUGCGAGGUGCACAGCAAAAAAAAUGUGGCGCGCGAGCACGAACGGUGAAUGACUUGGUUGGCGUGUGCUUCAAACGGCCAGCCAACUAACUGAUCUACUUACCCAACGCUCAACAGCUUCGCAUACACCAACACACGCCACCCCGCCAGCAGCCAGCAACCAGCACAUUCUGCUGCCAACAGCAAUUCACAGCAAACUAAGCGAACAAAACGCAGCAGAGAAGCGAAUGUAUUUAGAGAAAGCGCAAAAAGAAAAGCAUUUUGCGUUAUUAGUCCCGUGAGUGUUUUUUAAACUGAACAUUUUUCUGGUAUUUCACCAGCACUAAUUUGAUGAAAUCUUUGCUUGGCUUGCGUGUGCACAUACAUAAAUAUGUAUGUGUGUAUGUAGGUAACCACCAACACACACACACCUCACAAGUUUUUGUGCAAAACUCCAUUUGUAGAUGAUUGCGCCAAGUCAGCACAUUAGGUACAUAUUUAGUUGAGAGCGCAGCCGGAAUGUAAAAAGCAAAAACAAUUUUAUGAGAUUCGGAAAUGUGCAACGAUUUUAAGUUAACUGGAAAAAUAGAUGCUUAAAAUUGGCAAAAAAAUAAAUAAAAAUUGUCCACUGGGAUAAUGUUCCCAGUGAACGUUGAUAAAGACUUUAAACGCUUGCCAGUGCCGAUAAAGACUACUUUGAGACGUCCCAACCGCGUUUUGCGUUAAAUUCACGUCGCGUCUAACGUUUGUGUGCGGUUCGCAUUUUUCGCGCGAGUAUUUUACAAUUUAUUUAAAUUUACGUCCCAAGCGACUAAGUAGAUUCUACCCCACAAAUCAGUAGGACGAGGAUUUACCGGCUUGCGCGCUUGGACGCCUUUGUGGUGUAGCGAAUUAAUUCAGCGCAAUUAAACGAAUACUUGAAGUGAAAAAAAAACGCCGGCAAAGUAGAGCAGCCACAAUCAAGUGAUCGAACGCGCACCCACACACCCACACACCCAUGCAUAGCUGCAGCGCUAACAAAAUGUACGCGCCAGCACGACGGUCGCGCUUCGGCGGUGGCGCAGUCGGCUUUGGCCUGCAGCUGCUUCUCCUACUGGCCGCAAUACAAGAAUCGCUGAGCUCGUACUCGACUACAACUUCCACAACUACUGUGUCGCCUGCGAAUCUUCUGCCCUAUUUCGACUUCGAUGUGCCGCGAAAUUUGACUGUGACCGUAGGGCAAACGGGAUUUUUGCAUUGUCGCGUUGAGCGGUUGGGCGAUAAAGAUCUUAAAGCCAACAUAAUCGGGCCAUCGGAUCUGUAUGUGAAAAGCGGCAGCGAUAUAAAUCUAACAUGUCGCAUCAUGCAAGGACCGCACGAAUUGGGCAACAUAUUUUGGUACAAAGGCAAUGAAAUCAUUGACAUGUCAGCGAAUCUAAAUGAGAUCGACAGCGGGACGCGGAUUAGUGUCGACAACGACUGGACAGAUGGAUUGACAUCAAGAUUGAAAAUUCGUCGUGCCAUGCCCAGUGAUACCGGAAAUUAUACAUGCGUGCCAACGAUAGCGAAGACAUCCUCGGUUUAUGUGCACGUCAUAAUAGGUGAGUAG